AUGAAUAUAAAUGUUCUAAUUGGGAAAGCUAAAAAAACUCGAAAAUUUGCUCAAGUUAAAAGAAGACUCUCAAUUAAAGAUUCCAAACUGUUAAAUAUAAAGAAGGAUGUUGAGGUGAAGGAUACAGGCCCAAAACUAACUCAACAAAAUGUUAUCCAUUCUGGCAUGUUUUUUAACUACAAUGAGAAUUUGGUUCCACCAUUUCAAGUAAUUGUCGACACCAACUUCGUCAACUCAUCUAUUCAAAACAAAUUAGACCUUCACAAAUCAAUGAUGGAUUUAUUGCUCUCAAAAUGUAUAAUAUGUGUAACUGAUUGUAUUAUUGGAGAAUUGGAGAAAUUGGGUCAUCGCUAUAGAUUAGCUUUACAGCUAGUUAAGGAUCCUAGGAUUAAAAGGCUUAAGUGUUCUCAUAAAGGGACUUAUGUUGAUGAUUGUAUUGUAGAAAGAGUUCAACUGCAUAAAUGUUAUAUUGUUGCGACGAAUGAUAAGGAUUUGAAGAAGAGAAUAAGAAAAAUACCAGGCGUGCCAAUAAUGUACGUGAAAAGACAUCAGUAUCAAAUUGAACGAAUCCCCUUUUCUAUUACUUCCAAAUAA